AUGUCUGAAAUUCACGACUGGCCUGAUGGACAAAUUGGAGCAGAUGAUGAUUCCGUCACCGAUGAUACGGCUGGUCAGGCAUAUGUUGAACAGUUUGGGUUAGAGACAUUUCACCGGGCAGACAACGCUGUGCGAGCAAAUAAGGCGUCAUUGCAAACUGCAGACACGUUUCAAGCGGCGGCGACUUUCUUAGAACUCGGUCAGAUAUGGGGACAAAUUGAUCCCGAGACCGCCGCGAAGAUCAAAUUUGCCAAGUUCCACGCUUUACGAAUUGCAAAGGCUGUUAAGGCGGGUGAGGACCCGAAUCUCUCAAAUCCAGCAGCAGAAGGGAGAGAAAACGAAGACACGGUUCCAAUGGAGUCGAACACACCCAGCAUUGAGGUCCCUGACAAUUCCGGGAUGCCGGCACCCAGGAGGUUGCGGCAGCCUUCAGUGGAGGAAGUCCCCGAUGAUUUUGACAGCGUUCAACGGAGAUUAGCGGCCCAGUCGUCCGCGGAUGAAUCCAUCCACCCGUCGAGGUCAUCGUCCAGGGCUCCUCCACAUCCAGAAAAUCAGCGCCAACCGCCCAGUGCACCUACGAGUAAUAUUCCAAGUCCCUCUAUACCAGGUAUGAUGGACCUUGAUGGAGACCUGCGUCAGAGGCCGUCGCAUCUCUCUCAAGCCACCAUUCCCGACCUACCAGCAGCACCAUCGGACUUCCCACCGGGCUCACCCACUUCAGGCAUGGGAACGCCGACGCAUCUAGGCGCACCACCAAACGCUUUCCCCUCGCUCAACACGUUUCAAUCGUUCCCGCCCCCUGCAGUAGCUUCCCAAGAGCCCCCGCGAGCCGCGUCCCCAAAGGAUUUUGAGAGAAUUGCACAUGCAAGAAAGCCAUCAAUAACUCCGUCUACGGUCCCCCCACCACCGAAACCAGUGCAGCCCAUGCCGUCAUAUGGUGCGACCACCGGAAACUCCGUCGUUGAUGAAGACGCCAUGGCACAGGCGCAAAAGCAUGCGAGAUGGGCGGUAUCGGCGUUGAAUUUUGAUGACGUGAACACAGCGGUCAAGGAGCUGAGGAAUGCUUUGCGCUUGUUGAACGCGAAAUGA